CCGGGGGCGGUCGGCGCAGUCGCGAGCGGCCGGCGGCGGUGGCGGCGCCAUCAUGCCGCGGGAGUUCGAGCUGUGCCCCGGGCGCCGCAUCGGCGGCGACUAUCCCUGCUUCAUCAUCGCGGAGAUCGGGCAGAACCACCAGGGCGACCUGGACAUCGCCAAGCGCAUGAUCCGCAUGGCCAAGGACUGUGGGGCAGACUGCGCUAAGUUUCAGAAGAGCGAACUGGAAUACAAAUUCAACAAAAAAGCCUUAGAGAGGCCGUACACCUCAAAACACUCCUGGGGGAAGACCUACGGAGAGCACAAGCGCCACUUGGAGUUCAGUCACGACCAGUACAGAGAGCUGAAGAAGUACGCGGAGGAAGUUGGGAUUUUCUUCACGGCUUCUGGCAUGGAUGAGAUGGCUGUGGAAUUUCUUCAUGAACUGGAUGUUCCAUUUUUCAAAGUAGGAUCAGGAGAUACAAACAAUUUCCCAUAUUUGGAAAAGACUGCAAAGAAAGGACGCCCAAUGGUGAUUUCCAGCGGGAUGCAGUCGAUGAACACAAUGCACCAGGUGUAUCAGAUUGUGAAGCCCAUCAAUCCAAACUUCUGCUUCCUGCAGUGCACCAGUGCCUACCCGCUUCAGCCUGAGGAUGUCAAUCUCCGUGUUAUAUCGGCGUAUCAGUCAGCUUUUCCCAACAUCCCCAUUGGCUAUUCGGGGCACGAAACCGGCAUUGCCAUUUCAGUGGCAGCUGUUGCUCUGGGUGCAAAAGUGGUGGAGCGUCACGUGACUCUCGACAAAACAUGGAAAGGAAGCGACCACCAGGCUUCCCUGGAGCCCAAGGAACUGGCAGAGCUAGUGAAAGCCAUCCGUACUGUGGAAAAAGCAAUGGGUUCUCCAAUCAAACAGCUCUUGCCUUGUGAAAUGGCUUGCAAUGUGUAUGGGAACUGUUGAAUCAAGACCUGAACC